GUGUGUGACUCAGACCGCUCCAGAACUGCAAGACAGCACCUGGCAAAGGUGAUUUGUUGGUGUGUUCUUGGUGAUGAUGAAUAUUCUGGAGGACGUUCCUUUCCAGACCCCUUUGGGACCGUUAGGUGUUGAGAUACAGAUGUCGACUUUACCCGCUAUUUCCGUACCACAUUGCCAUCAGAUCAUGCAAGAAACUGAGUAUGGAUUCAAUCUGGAGAGAUGGAUUUUAACUGGUCAGCAGCCGGUGAGUCAGGUUCCCUCUUGCCCCCCCUACUGGCUGAUGUUCAGCACCCUUCAAGAAACCCACAAGCUCACUCCCAGGACCCAGGAUCUGUGGGCCCCUCGGCCCCGCAGCCACAGCCUGAGCUCCGCGGAGGGCUGCUGGUUGUACCACCGCGCCGUCAAGUUCCUCCCAGAUGACUCCGAUGAAGAAGAUGGCUCAUAUAAGGAUAUCGCCGGAGAGCGGCCCCGCAGCGCCGCGACCAGGGACCCAGUCUCCAGGGUCAAAGACAUGCACCUCCCUCAUUCCUCACACCGAGGUCAGCCGGGGUUAUCUCCGGUCCUCAAAGGCCCCAGAGCCACGCCCUCUCUCCCGGACUGCAGAUCACCUUUACGCGCGCUGGAGCAGCUCAGAUCACAGCAGGCAAGCCCGCUGUCUCAGGGGCAGAAGAACGGCAAGAAGAGGCAACGCUCUCUGGGCAGACGGUUCUCCCAAAACACGCCGCCCGCCGGGCAUUCUCCAUCCAGGCCGCUGCAACAACGACCCUCCUCGGCUGGAUCUGUUGUCAGGAACCGCAGGAGAAAGGUCCUGACAACUCCUGGCUCUCGUGGGGUUUUCUUUGACUCAGCAGCAGAGCUUCUGACAGCUCUCAGCCAGGAGGAGAGGGAGUUACUCGAAACCAUCACAGAGAAAGGAUACCCGUUACGCACUGCCAUCCUGGCUCUGCAGAAAACUGGCUAUCAGAGUCCAGAGAAGGUCCUAAAAUACCUGGUUGCAUGUGAUCGUCUUUGCCAGCUGGGCUAUGAUGAGGCACAAGUGGAGGAGGCUUUGGAGAUGUUUCAGAAUUGUGAGAGCAAGGCUGCAGAAUUCCUCCACUUGCUGACUCAGUUUGAUGAGAUGGGCUUCCAGCAGAGCACAAUUAAAGAAGUGCUGCUUGUUCAUGAAAACCAUCGGGAGCGAGCUCUAGAGGAGCUGAUGACACGCCUGGCUUAGCUAGUCCAGUCCGAAGACACAGCAUCUGGCUUCAAACAUUCAACUCAAGCUGCAGCAGCAAGCAUGAAAAACUUUGAUACUUGUCAAUGAUUAGUCUUAGUUAAAAUGGUUUAAAGCAUUUUAUUGACAGAUUUUUAAAAAGUAAGAAAAAAGGAUUAAAGCAUUGCAGCAUCUCAUGACAGAAGUAUUUACAGAAGUGAAAACGACCGAACUGUUACUGAUGGCUGACAGUGGAGUUCAGCAGGCCCGUCUCCACAGACGAUGUAGCAGCCUUCGAGAGGUCCCUCUGCAACGACAAGCAACUUAACUUGUGCAAAGAACAACCUAGUAAUGCUGUGAAAUGCAUACCUUAGAGGUUCCAAUUCAUUACACUAUUUUAAGACAAUUUACUAUUGCUAUUUCUAACAUACUGAAAUUACUGGUUUCCUUUAUUUGCUAUUUUUUCCAUUUAUGGGUAUGAAAUGCAGCCGUUUGCUUUGACAGACUAACUUUUUCUAUGCUUAGUUUGGUGUAAGAGAAAUGCAUACUUGACUCGAUUAAAACAUUUUCCAACAGAGA